AUGCGCAUUGCUCUAAUCUUUCUCGUUGGUCUGGUCGUAUCUACCGAUGCCAAUGUACGAAGAAAGCGACAAAAUCUUCUCGCCGGAUUGACUCAAGGACUACAAUCACUCAAUAUUUUCAACCUCGGGCGACAGAGCUCGAGUUAUGGAUAUGGACGACAGGGUUAUGGGAAUUAUGGAUCGUACGGAAGACAAGGCUACGGGAACUACGGGGGAUACGGAAGGCAAGGUUACGGAAAUUAUGGAGCGAAUAGGGGACAAGGAAUGUACGGUAGACAGGGAUAUUACGGUAGGCAAGCGUACGGUCAACAAGGAUACGGAAGUCAAAUGUAUGGAAGGCAAGGGUACGGCGGUCAGAUGUACGGAAGACAAGGAUAUGGCGGUCAAAUGUAUGGAAGACAAGGAUACGGAGGCCAAAUGUACCGUGGCCAACAAGGUUAUGGUUCCCAGAUGUACGGAAGACAAGGGUACGGUGGACAAAUGUACGGAAGGCAAGGAUACAGUGGACAGAUGUACAACAAUUACGGAACCCAAAAUUACAAUGCGUUUGCUAGACAGUCCUAUGGUGGUAUGGGCGGUAGUGGUUUCGGUGGUCAAAACUACGGAGGAUUCGGUGCCAGUUCUUUCCAAGGGUAA